AUGGCCAACAAGAUGGCUGGCUGCCUGCCCAACGAGUUCCGCUGCAGCAACUCGUGCGUGGACCUGGUGCGGCGCUGCGACCUGCAGCCGGACUGCCCCGACGGCUCCGACGAGCUCGGAUGCGAGUCGUUCGUGUGCCCGGCCACGCACUUCAAGUGCGCGAACCACUUCUGCGUGCCGCUGGAUGCCGUCUGCAACUUUGUGGACAACUGCGGCGACGGCUCGGACGAGCUCAAGUGCCUGCACCGGAAGUGCUGGAAGCCGGAGUUCCGCUGCGACAACGGGGAGUGCAUCCGGCCCGGCUUCGUGUGCGACGGGCUGGACGACUGCAAGGACGGCUCGGACGAGACGGACUGCGCCCCGGACCGGUUCGUGCGCUGCGGGGACGGCUCGCUGCUGCACAGGUACUACUGGUGCGACGGUUGGCCAGACUGCGCGGACAACCACGCCGACGAGCUAUUCUGCGGGAACUGCUCCGGGCCCGACGACUUCCUGUGCCCCAACGGCCGCUGCAUCCGGCGCGCCAACGUGUGCGACUCGCAGUGCGACUGCGCGGGCCGCGCGCCCGGGGCCGGCGCAUGCGCGGACGAGCUGGACUGCCACACCUACCGCGACGUGCAGGGGGUGCGGCUGUGUGACCCUAUCAACACGCUGACCUGCGCGCUGCCCGAGCAGUCACGUGACAAGGAGCGCUGCAUCCACCGGCACUUCAUCUGCGACUCCGUCAACGACUGCCAGAGCGGCGAGUACCUGUCCGACGAGUUCGGCUGCGACGUGGCCGACCUGGUGGGCCCGGUGUUCGCCUGCAGCGACAACAGGACCUUGCCGCAGAGCCUGCGGUGCGACCACAAGCCCGACUGCCUGCGCGGCGACGACGAGCUGGACUGCGAGUGGGAGCCGUGCCCGCCGGACCACUUCCGCUGCGACAACGGGCAGUGCGUGGAGCCCCGGCGCGUGUGCGACCUGCGCUUCGACUGCUGGGACAAGAGCGACGAGCUGCACUGCGGCGCAGUGGCGUGCGGCGAGGGGCGGCGUAAGUGCACGCGCGGCGGCCAGUGCGUGCCUCUCGAGCUGUGGUGCGACUUCUUCCUCGACUGUCCCGACGGAUCCGACGAGGCGAACUGCGGAGAGCUGCAGACCCGCGCCUGCGCGCCGGCGGAGUUCCGCUGCGAGAGCGGCCAGUGCGUGGACUCAGGCCUGCGCUGCUUCAACCCCGGCGACCCGCGCCAGGGCUGCGCCGACGGCUCGCACCUCGUCGGCUGCAAGGAGUGGGCGUGUCCCGAGGGCAGCUUCAAGUGCAGGAACGGGCCGUGCGUCAACUCCAGCCUCGUGUGCAACGAGAACAUCGACUGCCCCAACACGUGGGUGGACGAGGAUGGCUGUGCGUUCCUGUGCUCGAACCACGAGCCGCGCUGUCUGUGCCGCGACACGCAGAUCAACUGCACCGGCCUGGGUCUGCGCCAAGUGCCGCCCGACAUCGAGGAGGAGAUCACGUGGUUUCACAUGGGCAGCAACCUACUGAACUCCAGCCUGCACGAAGACUCCUUCAUCAACCUGGACAGACUGCUCUACCUGGACCUGAGCAACAACAGCAUCGCCUGCCUGCCGCCGCUGGUGUUCCGCAACCUGUGGCGCCUGCACGUCCUCAACCUGCAGCGCAACCGCAUACACGCGCUGCUCAACGGCUCGUUCACCGGGCUGCCUAACCUCCGGGGGCUGCAUCUGCAAGGAAACGAGAUAGAGAUCCUAGAACCAAUGGCAUUUUACGGACUGUCUUCGCUCACGACUUUAGAUUUAAGCCAUCAAAGAAUCAGAAACGUCUCACAGGGAACUUUCGUUGGUUUGCGGUGUCUCGUCGGCUUGGACUUGUCUCACAACGAGAUAGCAUAUCUGACUGAUGGCUCGCUGAACGGGCUUCCGCAGCUUUUGUCCUUAGACUUGAGCAGCAAUUCCAUCAAAGUCAUUAGCAGUAACGUGUUCAGAAGUGCAUCAUCGUUGGAAAAACUGGUGACGGACGAGUUCCGGUUCUGCUGCCUGGCGCGCCACGUGGCGGUGUGUCUGCCCCCGCCUGACGAGUUCUCGUCGUGCGAGGACCUCAUGUCCAACCUGGUGCUGCGAGUGUGCAUCUGGGUGCUGGGAGUCGUGGCCACGGCGGGCAACAUCCUCGUCAUCGGCUGGAGGCUGCGCUUCAAGCACGCCAACCAGGUGCACUCAUUCCUGAUCAUGAACCUGGCGGUGGGCGACCUGUUCAUGGGCUCCUACCUGCUCAUCAUCGCCGUGGUGGACACGUGCUACCGCGGCGUCUACUUCAUCCACGACUCCAGCUGGAGGAGCAGCGAGCUGUGCCAGCUGGCCGGCUUCAUCUCCACCUUCUCCAGCGAGCUGUCCGUCUUCACGCUCACAGUGAUCACGCUGGACCGGUUCCUCGUCAUCAUCUUCCCGUUCCGCGUGCAGAGGCUGGAGAUGGCCAAGACGCGGCUGCUGAUGGCCGGCGGCUGGCUGGUGGCGGCGCUGCUAUCCGGCCUGCCCCUCCUCGGCAUCGAGUACUUCAGGAACUUCUACGGCCGGUCCGGGGUGUGCCUGGCCCUGCACAUCACCCCGGAGAAGCCGAGCGGCUGGGAAUACUCGGUGUUCGUCUUUCUCUUCCUGAACAUGGCGUCGUUCGCGACGAUCGCGGCGGGCUACCUGUGGAUGUACGCCGUGGCGCGCACCACGCAGCAGGCCGUGAAGAAGGACCAGCGCUCCUCGGACGCGGCCAUGGCGCGCCGCAUGACGCUCAUCGUGGCCACGGACGCGGCCUGCUGGAUGCCCAUCAUCCUGCUGGGCGUGCUGUCGCUCAGCGGCGUCACGGUGCCGCCGCAGGUGUUCGCGUGGAUAGCGGUGUUCGUGCUGCCGCUGAACGCCGCAGUCAACCCGGUGCUGUACACCAUCUCCACGGCUCCGUUCCUGGGCCCGGCCCGCCGCAGCCUGCUCACCUUCCAGCGCUCCUGCAAGAUGUCGCUGCCGGCCGACCAGCGCCGCUCCACGCUGGCCAACAACUGCAGCCGCUGCGAGCCGGGUCCGGGCGCAUGCGCCACCAACGGCGCCGGCCUCAAGCAGCCCGCCUCCCUCCCCGCAGACCAGGCCGACCUCGAGGACUCGCGGCUACUCGCCCGCGCGGCCAGGCAGCACGGCUCCAAGUGGCGGUCGGCGUCGUGUCGGCAGUCCCGGCCCGCCAUCGACACGGCCGUGUCGGAGAAGGGCGAGACCAUCCCGCUGCGGCAGCUGUCCAUGGCCGGCGACCGGGAGUCGUCCCGGAGAUCUGCGGGAGCCUUCGACGAGAACCCUGCCAACAGUGCUCAGUCAUCGGCAGACACACCUCACACCGAAACACGUCUUUCCAAAGCAAAACCAAAACCUCUGGAAGUCGGAGCCACGAUGUCGUUUCUGAAGAAGAUCGAGUUCAUCUGGACCUACGACGAGCCCUUCCGUUGA